AAAUAAAUUUCCGUUAUAAAUCUAACCUAAGUAUAUAAAAUCUCGUUUUUAAUUCCGUGGAGACAAAACGAUGGCUGAGAAACCAGAGAAGAGAAGUUCUUUAUUAAACGCAGAAUUUCAAAGCUUUUAUGAUUUAAGAAAAGAUCUUCCAUUGGGAUACAGCGAUAACAUUAUUGCAGAGUUGGCAGAAUGGGAGAAUAAGAUUGUUGCAAUUCGUAAUGAAUAUAGAGAAUUAGAAGAAACCAUCAAGAAAACCAACACAACUCAAGAAGUGAAAUUAAGCGAGGAAUUCGCAGAGUUUACCGCUAAACAUUUUAAAACACUUUAUGAUUCCUGCGAUGUCAUCAGGUGUUAUAUUGCAGAAUUAAGAUUUGAUAAAGAGUAUGAAGACUACAGGAGGAAAAAUAUCAAGAGAAGACUGAAUCGAUUUGAAGAACUUGUGUUUGAAAAGUUUCAAAAUGAUAAAAAAGAUGAUAACUCAUAGAGAUCACAAAAUCGGUAACUGUAAAUAUAAAUAAUAAUGUUCUAUGAUGUGCCAUCAUCAAUAUUUCAAUAAUUAUUUAAAAUUAACAACUCACACCUAAGAUUUUACUGCUUUAUAUAGGCAACCAAUAAUACACGCAAAAAUUCGUUUUUAAUAAGAAUAUAAAUAUUUAAUUAGAAGAGCUUUCCGCUAAACAUUUUAAAACACUUUAUGAUUCCUCGCUUAAUUCGGCUUCUUGAUUUGUGUUCCUUUUUUUGGUAAUUUCUUCUUUAAAUUCCUUGUAUUCAUUACAAAUUGCAAUAACCUUAUUAUCCCAUUCUGUCAUUAUCGCUGUAACCCAGCGGAUGAUCUUUUCUUAGAUCAUAAAAGGUUUGAAAUUCUGUAAUCAAAAAAGAAGUAAAUAAAUCGAAAUGGAUUUAUAAUAACGAUUAUAAUAAUAAAAAUAGUCUGCAUGUCAUAAUAAUUAUUGCGUGUAUUAUUGGUUGCCUACCUGAAUAUUAUUUAUACAAAAUAGGUUAUGUUAUGAGU